GAACUUUUCUCUUUGUUCCGGUCUCACGGGAGCAAACAUGGCGGCAGAAGGAGACGUCGAUCUGGACCUGGAAGCCGAGGAAAACUGCACGGGCAAACCGGCAGAGAAGCCUCGGAAACAUGACAGCGGAGCCGCUGACCUUGAGAGAGUCACGGACUACGCGGAGGAGAAAGAAAUCUCCAGCUCUGACUUAGAAACGGCCAUGUCAGUGAUCGGAGACAGGAGGUCACGAGAACAGAAAGCCAAACAAGAGAGAGAAAAGGAGUUGGCCAAAGUCACCAUCAAGAAAGAGGAUGUGGAACUAAUUAUGUCAGAGAUGGAGAUUUCGAGGGCCGUGGCAGAGCGCAGUCUGAGGGAACACAUGGGGAACGUGGUGGAGGCUCUUGUGACUCUGACCAACUGAACAAUCAGCAUUUACACCAUAGACUGCUUUAAGUGAUGUUUUUUUUUUUACCAGAGCUCACGACAAUGAGGCUGAACUGAAGUCAGUGGUGAAACUGCCGUGGUGUGAUCUUUACCCUGAAUCUUUUUUAUUUUAAAAUAAAAGUUGACCUGCC